AUGGCACAUCUCUCGUCGAGGAUAUUCUCCCUCGCGAUCGGUGCUCUCGCCCUCACGCCACUGACCUCCGCAUGGACCCUCACAUGGCGCAACUCCACCGCCGGAGCCACCAUCGUCGAAGAGAACAAGGCCGAAAACUGCACGCAGAUCUGGCACCAGGAAGGCGAGCCAUUUUCCUGGGUCCCAGGGGGACAAUGGUGCUUGCACUUCUACAAGGACGCCGCAUGCACGGAAAUCGCCGGCCUCGCCUGUGACGGCAAGGUCUGGCGCAAGGACGCCAGCCGCAAUCUCUCCGCCUUUGACGUCUACCCCAUGCCCCCAGAGUCCGUCAGCGUCUUUUUCCCCUCGACGACCUCCAAAAGCAGCACAUCAUCCACAUCAUCCCCCUCAACAACUCCCACCUCCACCGCCGUAACGACCACAGCAGCACAAUCCCAAUCAGCCACCUCCGCAGCGGCAUCAACCACCCCGACCCAACAGCCAUCCUCCUCCUCCGUCUCCGGCGGCGCCAUCGCCGGAAUCGUCAUCGGCGCCAUCGCCGCCGUCGCCAUCCUAGCCGCCCUCUUCUUCUUCUUCGGAAGACGCAACCGCAAGCCAGCCCAGCCGAUACCCGAUACCGACCCGCGCGCUACAUCCCCGCAGACACCGCAAUUCCCACCGGGUUCACCACUAGGCCUCGUCUCGACGAACGACACGGCCUCCGCGGCACCAGCCUACGUCGUCCCGCACAAGCAGGAACUCGCCGAGAUGGAGAUGUCCCAGGCGUAUCCGCAUGCGCAUCCGCGGGCGUACGCGGGCUCAAAGUUCGUCGAGUUACCCGGCAACGGAGCGGAGGCGGAACUGAGCAGUAGUCGCCAGGUGCACGAGAUGGAUGGGACGAGCGAUAUCAAGAGGCCGAUUUAUGAGGCUGCUUGA